AUGGACAACGCUCGGCAAGCAGGCGCGCACCAGAGCAUCGUGCUGGCGGCGGUGGCGCCACCGGGGGCCGCGGGCGGGCGGCGCGUGCUGCUGCCGCCGCUCGCGAGCAGCCACCAGUCGAUGCGGCGUCUGGAGACGUAUCUGAAGCAGGCGCUGGACCGGGGGGCGUUCGGCUGCGCAGCGGCGCCGGCGCGCAAGCGCGCGCCGGCCCCCGUGCCGGUGGAGAAGCGGCGCAAGCACCUGUGCCAGACCUGCGGCAAGGGCUUUACCACGUCCGGGCACCUCGCGCGCCACAACCGCAUCCACACCGGCGAAAAGAACCACGCGUGCCACUUCCCCGGCUGUGGCCAGCGCUUCAGCAGACACGACAACUGCCUGCAGCACUACCGGACCCACCUGAAGCGGACCGCCGUGCCAAGCUAG